CUGCAGCAGUGAAACAGGAGACCAUUCCGCAUCCUCCGCACCCAGCUCACCUGCUCUCUCUUCAACCAGACGCCCAUCAACAGCCACCAUGACUCACCAGUAUCCCGCACUGACUCCUGAGCAGAAGAAAGAGCUGCAGGACAUCGCAGAGAGGAUAGUCGCUCCAGGAAAAGGCAUCCUCGCAGCUGAUGAAUCCACCGGCAGCAUGGGGAAACGUUUGAACCCCAUCGGGGUCGAGAACACAGAGGAGAACAGGCGUCGCUACCGCCAGCUGCUCUUCACAGCCGACCAGCGCAUCGACAACUGUAUCGGGGGCGUCAUCUUCUUCCAUGAAACCCUCUACCAGAACACAGACGAUGGCACUAACUUCUCCCAGCUCAUCCGGGACCGUGACAUUGUUGUUGGCAUCAAGGUGGACAAAGGUGUUGUGCCCCUCGCCGGAACAAAUGGAGAGACCACCACCCAGGGUUUGGACGGGCUGUCUGAGCGCUGCGCACAGUACAAGAAGGACGGCGCAGACUUCGCCAAGUGGCGCUGCGUGCUAAAGAUCAGCGAUACCACGCCCUCUGAGCUCUCCAUCUUUGAGAACGCUAAUGUUCUUGCACGAUAUGCCAGCAUCUGCCAGCAGAAUGGCAUCGUUCCCAUUGUGGAGCCCGAGAUCCUUCCUGACGGAGACCAUGACCUGAAGCGUUGCCAGUACGUCACUGAGAAGGUCCUAGCUGCAGUGUACAAGGCUCUGUCAGACCACCAUGUGUACCUGGAGGGGACUCUGCUGAAACCCAACAUGGUCACACCCGGACACUCCUGCUCCACCAAGUAUAGCGGCGAGGAAAUCGCCAUGGCUACCGUCACCGCCCUGCGCCGCACCGUGCCUCCUGCUGUCACAGGAGUGACAUUCCUGUCAGGUGGCCAGUCCGAAGAGGAGGCCAGCGUGAACCUUAACGCCAUCAACACCUGUCCACUCGCAAAGCCCUGGGCCCUGACUUUCUCCUACGGCCGCGCCCUGCAGGCCUCCGCCCUGAACGCAUGGAGAGGAGAGCUGAGCAACGAGAAGGCCGCCACCGAGGAGUUCAUCAAACGUGCUGAGGCAAACGGUCUGGCUGCUCAGGGCAAGUAUGAAUCUUCUGCAAGUGGUAACGCCGCAGGACAAUCCCUCUACGUAGCUAAUCACGCCUACUAAACAUCUGCCGUAUUCAACCGUGGUCUGGUUAUAGUCUUAUAUCUGCUCUGCUAUCCCCCCUCACUCCUCCAUCACAGGCCUGCGCUGUCUACUGUACUUUAGAGUUGUCAGAGCUAAUAAAGUUACAUGAUUAGAAGUGUAUUUAAAAACAUAAUGUGAAACUACUGUACUAAAGGGAACAGGCUUGUUUUUCUGUAUAACCAAACAAAUCAAAACUAGACAAUGAGACAAUUUAUGACUGACAUCAGAGAUAUGAAGUCAGAGGCUGCAAACUUUUAACAGAAGGUCACGAUAAUCAGACAGGAUUCAAUUCAUGCCUCUUCUACACUGCUACCGUCUUGCUUUCUCCCCCACAUGAUCAAUCUUGAGCCACUCCCAAGCAGGGAGGUUUUUUUUGUGUGUGUGUGUUUCGGUGUUUCGCUUCUGUCAAAACGCAGUAUUGGCUCAUCCUUAAAGCGCUAUACUAACAUCCUGCCUGACACUGGGACCAAUGGAUCAUUAGUGGCAUCAGCACAUCCAUUAAGGGACAAGGGAGCAAGACAAACAGUGUGAAUUGAUCUUUUUUGGAGCGACUGUCCAGAAGGGCAGAGUGCUUGUUGUACUUUCAGAAAGCUCCAGCAGAGGUCUGUAGACCAUCACCAGGAUUUAUCUUUAAUCUAACCUUUCUGUUCACCACUAAUCAGAAAAAAAACAUCUUGUGUGUCUAUAUUAAGUAUAACAUUAUCUUUAAAUUACAUAAAGUAAUAAAUGUAUUCAGUUGUGUGAAGGUGUCGAUAUUAUGUGAUGCUUGUGUGAGUCCCCCCGUCCCCCCUGAUUCCCCCAGCCGACCCUACGGGAGAUGAGAUGGUUUCUAUUGACAUAAUGUGGACCAAUUCGUGGGGUUAGCAGCGGGGGACAUCGGUCACUGCUGUGUUGGAAUACUGCAAUGUUUGUGAUGUUAAUAUUGUUCUUGAAUCACUUGGUGUGUCAAAUAGUGGAGAAAAAUAAA